UAAAAUAAUAGAGAGAAAGAUACACCGAGUGAGUGCAAAGUAUUGACUAUGUUCCAUCCAAACCCAUAAAGCCAGCCAUGGCCAUCACUCACAACAAUCCCACCGCCACUCUCCAUCGCCGUUUCACCUUCAAUGCCGUCGCCACCGCAGUCCUUUCCUCUCCGCUGACCUCUUCCUUCCUCAAUGUCCCUCUCUCCUCACCAUUCCGCCGCUUCCUCCUCCUCCUCCGGCGCCGGACACCACAUUCCCGCCGACUUCCUCUGUUCGGCCGCAGCCGACUUCCCGAUCUCCGAUGACUCCGCCAUUUUCAGUCUUCUUCAGUCCGAGCUCGACCACAUGCCCCGCCGCGACUACGUCCGCCGGUGCCGUGACCAGUCGAUCGACGUCACCGCCCGCCAAGAUUCCAUCAACUGGAUCUUAAAGGUUCAUGCGCACUACAAUUUCAAACCGGUCACUGCGAUUCUCUCCGUUAAUUACUUCGAUCGCUUCCUCUCCUCUAAUUUCCUUCCACGGCGGAAUGGAUGGGCGUUUCAGCUUCUAUCGGUGGCGUGUUUGUCUAUAGCGGCGAAAAUGGAGGAGCCUGAGGUUCCAUUGCUUUUGGACCUUCAAAUCUUUGAGCCUAAAUACGUCUUCGAGCCCAGAACGGUCCAGAGAAUGGAGCUUUGGGUUAUGUCUAUUCUCAAUUGGAGAUUACGCGCCGUCACGCCUUUCGAUUUUCUCCACCACUUCAUCUCCGAUCUUCCUUCUUCUUCCGCCGCAGAUGGCGGUCAUGGCGACGGUGACGAUUCUCAUCGCCUCUUCUCAACUUCUUCCGAUCUCAUUCUCAGCACUACACGCGUGAUCGAUUUCUUGGGGUUUCCGCCGUCCACCAUUGCCGCCGCCGCCGUUCUCUGCGCCGCUGGUGAACUGUUGGAUUCUCCGGCAGGUUGUAGCCAUCUCCUUGCGGCGAACAGAGUGGAAAUGGUAAGAAGCUGUCACCAACUAAUGGAGGAGUACGUGAUUGACACGUGUCCAGCAGAGCUCCGAAAACAGCGGAACGGAGGAGCCGAUCAGCCGGCGCCACCGAGUCCAGUCGGCGUCCUCGAUGCGGCUGCAUGCGGUAGCUGUGACACACGCUUGGACAAUCCCGGCUCCACCAGCCACGAAGCCCCAGUCGAGCCGCCGACAAAGAGGCUACGCUCCUCUGCGCCGGAUGUACAGGAGCAGUAGAUAAGACCUACUUCGUGUCAUUUUGUUAUAUGGGGAGAGAUAGAGAGAGAAAGAUAAUUUUUUUUUUUUUAAUCUUUUCAAAAUCAGUGGUCUUUCCCCCUCUCUCUCUCUCUCUUUCUUCGGUCGCCAUUCUCUUGGUCGUUGACCAUUAAAAUUGAACGGUUGAGAUUGCAUGGAGGAUGAUCCAAAAAAAAAAGAAAGAGAGGAAUUUUUUUUUACUUAUUUGUCCCCAAAAAAAGCUUAUAAAAAUACCAUAUUUGUGAUUUUUGGGUUUUCGGGGGGUAAAAUGGGGAAAUAAAGAGGUAUAAAUCAUGAUGGGAAAAGUCUUAAAAGUCAAUAAUUUAUCAAUCAUUCGAUCUGCGAUUUUAUCAUCCCCAUGCAUGAAGAACCAUUGGAUUAGAUUAUGAUGAGUAGCCUUUGGGA